ACAACACAACCAAUCCUUAAACAAACGUCAAAAUCAGUCGAAUCAUCAUGGCAGCAAAACAAGCAGCUGAGAAGCUCAUCUCAUCUCACAAGGUGGCCGUAUUCUCAAAGACAUAUUGUCCAUAUUGCCACAAGACCAAAUCCACUUUACAAGGUUUGAACGUACCUAAUGUCGGUAUCUUGGAACUGGACACAGAAUCCAACGGAUCAGACAUCCAAGCUUACCUCAAAGACAAGACCGGACAAAACAGCGUUCCAAACGUUUUCAUCAACGGAAAGCACAUCGGUGGAAACAGUGAUUUGCAAGAUUUACACUCAAAAGGAGAAUUGCAAAAACUCAUUGCCGCGUAAGUGGAAUGAGUAUGAUAGCAAGAAAAGCACUAAUCAUUACUAACGACGAAUACCCUUAAUUUUCAGUCAUUUGUAAUGCAUUUGAAUUGAAUGAAUUGGUAUGAAUAUAUAAUGUGAAGAUUACAACUCUGCUUUCCUAUCUUUGCAUAAACGGAAAUCUUGCACUCGAUCAUCUUCUUUUGCUAGACCCACGCUGGUUUGCCAUCUGUCCAAUUCUUGCAAAUAAGGUAUAACGCUUGCUUCGUAUUGCGGGGCUGCUUUAUAUUUCAUCAAAUCUUUCGGUCCUGUACGAUGAAUCUCCAGCAAAAGUCUUGGUAACAAUGGAGAAUGACGUAAGUCUGACAUUUGUCUUCUGAACGGAUGAAUGCCAAAAAAGAUGAUUCCACU